CUCUCUCUCUCGGAGCUGAUCAAGAAGAGUUCGGACGAUCACAGUAAGCUCUCCCUCGCCAUCGCCAUAGCUAACGUGUAGCUCCAUGUCCAACAUCACUUCCCACUCUUCUUCUUCCUCAUCCUCCUCUUCUCCUUCUCCUCCUUCUUUGGCUUGAGCUGUUCAUGUUGCAUAUGCAUUCACGUGCGGUUCUCGCUUCCUGACGAAUCUCUGCGAGGUCUAGUCUUGAUUACAUGCUGUUCUUGCUUCUGUUCAUGGCAGCCGGACAAUACCCACCUGAGGAAAUGAUGGGGGAGACGACCCAGUGCUUCGGUCCGAGCGGGGUACCCGUGGAGGCGGAGGGCGUGGCGUUUGCGCAGGCGGGCCACCGUCUUCGGCCGCAGAACGUCGCGGCAGAAGAGGUCGAUCUCCAUGGCCAUUAUCAAGAGCAGCAGCAGGAGCUGAUGGGGUUCGCGGCCGGAGAGGACGACGGCGGGUUUCAUCGGGUCGGCUCGGGCGACGGUGGCUAUGGCAAUACGAAUCAGGUGUUGCCUUACGAUGGUAGUCACUCUUCCUCGGACUGGAACUAUGCUGCUCCUGGAGCGGAGGGUUUGAGUCACCAUCAUGACGGCGGCCACCAUGGCAUCAUCGGCCAGCAAGUCGCCGAUCCCUUGCAAUUCCUGCAGAGCCAAGCCCCUCUGAGCUUCGGCGAUGACGGCCCUUCCGACAUCUUCGCUCCGGCGGCGCCGCCGGACCUCCUCAAUCUCUUCCGCUUGGCCCGAUGCUCCUCGUCCUCUUUGCUCCCCAGCUCGUCGCUGUCCUUCGCGAGCCCUAACUCGCCCGCGCCGCCCCUUCUCCUCGAUCCGCUCGUCCAUCUGAGCAAUCUGCAGCCGCAGCCCCCGUUCAUGAGGGAGUUGUUCCAGUCUCUGCCGAGCGGGGGAGUCUGUGGGUACGACAACUUGCCCAUUGCCGGCUCGUCGUCAUUGUUCGGCAGCGGCAACGACAUUGAGAGAGGGGAGACUGAAGGAGAUGAGGGAAACAAUCUAGGGAUGACGAUGAUGUACUGCGAUGAGGACGGGGGUCAUCAGUUCGUGGAGAACGAUAAUGGGGUUUUCAAGUUUGGGAGCGAAAUGAUGGCGGACAUGGAGGGUUGCCAUGGCAAGGUUAAGAUGGGGAAGAGGAGGAGAGGGAAGAUGACCAAGCCUUACACCACUGAGAGGGACAGGAGGUCCCAGAUCAAUCACAAGUACGACGCCUUGAAGGAGCUGAUCCCAAGCCCCACCAAGGGUGAUAGGGCAUCCAUUGUGGGAGAUGCCAUUGAGUACAUCAAGGAGCUCUUGAGAACCGUCAACGAGCUGAAACUGCUUGUGGAGAAGAAAAGAUGGGGGACAGAGAGAAGCAAGAGGCAGAAGGCCGACGAGGAAGGCUUUGAUGGGGAGAUCUCCAUAACCCGACCCCUGGGCAACCCGGCGGGUCAGUCCUGCAACGGGACUCUGAGGAGCUCUUGGCUCCAGAGGAAAUCAAAGGUGACCGAGGUGGAUGUCCGCAUAAUCGACGACGAGGUCACGAUCAAGCUCGUGCAGCGUAAGAAGAUUAAUUGCUUGCUGCAUGUGUCUAGGGUUCUUGAUGAGCUCCAGUUGGAUCUCCACCAUGUUGCUGGUGGCCACAUUGGUGAACACUACAGCUUCCUGCUCAAUACCAAGAUCUAUGACGGUUCAACUGUGUAUGCGAGCGCGAUUGCGAGCAAGCUCAUAGAGGUUGUUGACCGGCAGUAUGCAGCCACGCCGCCCCCACCGUGCAGCAGCUACUAGGGUUUGACGAGGCGGAGAGGAGAAGAAGAUAAUGGUAUUUGAUGAAUGAUGCUGCUUUGUUAUCUUUAGAUACUUAACACUAAUACGUAAUUCUGGAAUAAAUAUAGUAGGAAUCAAGUACUGCUGUUCGGCCAUAAAAAAACAAGUAUUGCUGCGAUGUCCCUUCCCAGUCUCUUGUGGUGAUUUCUUUGAUACUUGCUGGAUUGCUUUGUCGACUAUUUUCUGAAA